AUGGAAGCUAUUGAUUUUGACACCUUAGUCGUGGAAGUUUUGUCUAGGCUCCCUUCAAAAUCAAUUUGUCAAUUCAAAUGUGUUAGUAAAGCAUGGUGUGCGGAAUUAUCAACUAAUCAGUUUGUCAUGUUGCAUUGUGUAUGCCUUAAUAAAGCUAAAAAUCGGAAGCUAAUAUCUUUGAAUGAUAUGUCAAUAGAUGUUGAUAACGUAAUCUGUGGCAAGAUUGAAUUUGGUUCAACGAAAAGUAUAUCUUUUCCUUUCGAGACUCCACCACUAUCAUUAUGUUUUCUUUCUUCUCUCGACGUACUUUUAUUAGUUUUCAUGGAAAACUGUAUUAGUAAACUUAUCCUUUGGAAUCCAACUACUAAUUGGUAUACUAUUUUAUCUGAUGACUACCCUAAACAUGGAUACGAUCACGAAUAUGAUACUGGCGCUAUCUACUACGAUCAAUCUAACGACCUUAAAGUACUCCACAUCAAACGUCGAUACAAUAAUGUAUUUGCAAGUGUCUAUUCUCGACGUUUUGGUAUAUCGAGAGAUGUCGAAUUCUUGAAUGCAACUAACUUUGGUUCAAGUUCUUAUGCGUGGUCUGUUGGAACACUAUCCGCUAAGACCGUAUACUUCAUUGUUUCACAAUCUUGGUGGGUAAUUGGAAAGAAGUUUAUAAUUGCUUUUGAUGUUUUAUCUGAAACAUUCAAACUUAUUAAUUUUCCUUUGAGUAAAGAUCUUAUUCCUAGCCAAGGUCAUCUUAUCACAUUAAACCGGAAGAUUCACAUGUUUGUUGUUUCCGAACCUGAAGAGCUUAUUGUUGAACUCUUCAAACUCGAUGGUGAAGUAUGGCAUAAGGUUUUAUCUUUUCAGAAUUCUCAAACAGUUUCUUUCCAAAGUAGGCGGCACCAACCACAUAUAAUGGAGUACAACACAUGGAUUUUAAUGAGUGAAUGGGGACAUAUGGUUACCGUUAAACUAACGGGCGAAGAGUUGGAAUAUUUACAAGAUGUUGAUACAUUUAAUGGAGUUAACGGAGCGUUAUUUAUAGAGACUAUUAUUUCUCCUUUUAGUUAG